CAUAUACAUAUUUUGUAGCUCACAUUCACACAUAUAUAACCCUAAUGGCCUAUGCUGAUUGCCAUGAAAGCUCCUCCCCUACCUCUAUCAAUACCGUAAAACUUUUUGGUAUCAACAUUCAAGAAGAAGCUUGUUUGAAUCAAUCUCCAUCAUCACUCUCACAAUCACGAUCAGAUCUAUCUGAGUCUUUGAAUGGGAAAAAGCUAUACGAGUGUCAAUAUUGUUGUAGAGAAUUUGCGAAUUCGCAAGCUUUAGGAGGACACCAGAACGCGCAUAAGAAAGAAAGACAGCUUCUGAAGCGUGCUCAAAUGAAAGCUGCUCGUAGUUUUGUGCCUUCACAUUACCAUAACACAUUUAUGUUUCCUCCACCGCAGCAAUAUCAUUACAUACCGGCUCAGGCUCCUUCAUCGUCGUGGCUAUAUACCAUGCAAGAAGCAAGUUCAGGAGAUCGUAGCUAUCAGCAUCCGGCGAGAGUUGGUGGAUUCAAUAGAGGCAGCGAUUGUAGUGAAGGAUUUGGUUUAAAUUUGCAUCUUGGUUUAUAAUAACUACAUGAAAAGUUAGAAGUGUUUCUGUAUCGUGUAGUUUUCUGAUGAAAUUGAUUUUUGUUUGUUUCGAAAACUCUUUUUUUGGAAUAUAUUUAUA